AUGACCGUUUUAGACCGCUCUCCAAUAGUUUGUGAAAGGAGAAUGUUCGACUGUAAGCCUUAUUACAUCAAUAUACUUCCCCACUUCAAUGGGAGGUCUGAUGAUGAACCGUACACGCAUUUGGCGGAGUUUUCCUCCAUUUGUAACACUAUCGGGGGGCACAACUUUGCAUUGGAGGAGGUCAAGCUUCGAUUAUUCCAGUUUUCGCUAAAAGACAAGGCGAAGCAAUGGUUUCUUACACUUCCGGCGAAUAGUAUUCGGACAUGGAGCGAGAUGCAACAAGUAUUUCUUGAUGAAUACUAUUCAAUGGCGAAGACUGAUGAUGCACGGGAUGAAAUAAGGUCGUUUCGGCAACUAUCGAGUGAACCGUUGCAUGAAGCGUUCACUCAAUACAAGGAAUUGAUUCGGAAAUGCCCACAUCACCAAAUAGACAAGUGGGAAUUGGUUAAGUGUUUUGUACGUGGUUUGGAUGAUGCGACAUGGAAUCGCCACGAGUCAACGAGCAACGGAACUCUAUUGAGCAAUCAUGAAGAUGAUGAUUGGGAAUUCCUCGAGCGGAUGAGCAAGCGGUCGAAGGAAAAGGAAUCGGCUGAUAGAGCUAAGAAACACCCCGUCUCCCGGUCACUUCCCGAUCUUGAUUCUAAGGAUCGAAUUUCUACUUUAGAGCGGGAGAUAACUCGUAUGAAAAAGAAGGAGGUGAAUGCGGUUCAAUUCGCAGUGUGUGAAGAUUGUGGGGAUAUCGGUCAUAGAACCGAUCAAUGUCCAACGGGGCCGAGUGAUUACACCGAGGAGGUAAAUCAAGUGUAUGGGGAUCGAAAGCAAUACGACAUGAAUUCCAACACGUACCAUCCGGGUUUGAGAAAUCACCCUAACUUCCGGUAUGGUAAUGCCUAG